AUGGUAUUUAGCGUCGAGUACAAGUACACGAUCAGAUUGGUAUUGAAACUGGGCGAGCGUAAAUUUGCGCAUGAUCUGGUGUGCUUAAUGGGCACAAAUGGAGUAGAUCCGACCGAGCAGUACAAGGCGCUACGUUUGCGUAAAACUGGUGACGUGUUUAAUACGAUGCAUAAAGCAGGCUAUGGCUGCGACGAAGCCACCUACGACCCUGUGAUUGGGGCAGCUAUUCUUUUGAAAAAGAGCGACUUGGUGUUUCUUGACGACACGAUGAAGUUUGGAGCCUCUCCAAAGCUUUCGAUGCAAAUUUUCCCACCGGUAGUGGGAACAGCAGUCAAAACAAAGCAAGACCAGUGCCGCGUUGCGGCAGGCUCACGAGAAGACGGAUCUCCAGGUAACUGUGGUUAA